AUGAAUCUAUUGCAUAUUACAGAAAAAAAUGGGGGUCUUGUUUUACUGUCCGAAGACCCACCAUCCUAUAAUCUUAUGGAAGCUCUCUUCGGCUCUGUCGCGACCAACCGAAGAUCCCCCAAAGGAAAGAGUCAAUCAACAAGUCCAAGCUGCGAUGCCUCAGCUCCAUCAACAAAAAGUUUCCUUCUUGACCCUAGAAAAUCACAGAACAUUUCUAUAGUUUUGAAAUCUCUUGCAGUCUCACAAGGUGAAAUUCUUGAUGCACUCAUUGAUGGUAAAGGCCUCAAUGCAGAUACCCUUGAGAAGCUAUCUAGAGUUUCACCAACAGAAGAAGAGCAAUCUCUUAUCCUUGAAUACAAAGGAAACCCGGCAAGCGUUGCUGCAGCUGAAUCUUUCUUAUAUCACAUCCUCAAAGCUGUUCCUUUAGCCUUUAAGCGCUUAAAUGCCAUGCUAUUCAGGUUUAACUAUGACUCCGAGAUUCUAGAAAUCAAGGAAUCUCUGCAGACCCUUGAACUGGGGUGUAAGGAGCUUAAAAGCCAGGGACUCUUUGUGAAGCUUCUUGAAGCAGUGCUUAAGGCAGGAAAUCGAAUGAAUGCAGGAACUACUAGAGGUAAUGCUCAAGCUUUCAACUUGGCUUCUCUAAGGAAGCUGUCUGAUGUGAAGAGCACCAAUGGAAAAACAACUUUACUUCACUUUGUGGUUGAAGAAGUAGUCCGCUCUGAAGGAAAAUGUGUUGUUCUUAACCGCAAUAGCAGCCUGAGCCGUAGUAGCAGCAGAAGCAGCAACAGCAGUGGAAACCAUGAGAACAGUGCCACCUCAAAUGAACUAAGAGAAAGGGAAUAUACAACUCUAGGAUUACCCCUUGUUGGAGGGAUCAGUUCUGAGUUCUCCAAUGUUAAGAAAGCAGCACAUAUAGAUUAUAACAGUUUAGUUGGUUCUAUCUCAGUCCUCUUAACCCGGCUAGGUGAAAUUCAAGAGCUUGUUUCGCGGUGUGGAAAUGGUGGAGAAGGAUCUUUUGUAAAAGAAAUGGACCAGUUUCUCAGAAAUGCUGAGGAAGAAUUGAAAUUAGUGAGGGAAAAACAAACAUUGGUAUUGCAGCUUAUCAAUAGAACAACACAAUAUUAUCAAGGAGGAGCUUCAAAAGGCACUGCAGAACAAAAUCUUUUUAAAUGA